CCCUCGGGGGGCCGAUGGCUGUCCGCGGCGCUAGCACCUUGACGCCUUUCUCCAUCCAGGCGAUACUUAACAAGAAGGAGGAGCGGGCGGGCCAGCGCGGAUCGGUCCGGGGGGCCGCGGCCGCCGCUCCAGCCUGUUGCUGGCGGCUUUUUGGAGACACGGACUCCGGGGCCGUGGGGGGAGCGGGGGAGACGCUGCUGCUGCCCUCCCCCGCGGGGCCCAGAGCCGCGGCGGCCGCGGCGGGGGCCGGGGGCCGGGCGGCGGGGAGCCCCAGGGGCUGGGACUCGGACUCGGCUCUGAGCGACGAGAACGACGGCGAGCGGCGCGGGCCGGCGGAGGCUGCGGGACUGGCGGGGCUGGCCGGCGGCGCGGGCCGCCCCCACGAGACGCCGCCGGGCCCCGAGGCCCAGGCCAAGGAGCUGGAGGACGAGCCCCCCGGCCUCAGUGACAGCGAGAUGUCAGCCAGCGUCUCAGCAGAUCGCAGCCCCCGGACGGAGGAGGACGCGGGCGGCGGAGGCAAGUGCGAGCCGCUGCUGUGCGCCGGAGGCCCGGGCGAGGAGGAGCCGUCGGCGCCCAAGCCCCGCAAGAAGCGCUCGCGGGCCGCUUUCUCGCACGCCCAGGUCUUCGAGCUGGAGCGCCGCUUCAACCACCAGCGCUACCUGUCGGGCCCCGAGCGGGCCGACCUGGCCGCCUCGCUGAAGCUCACCGAGACCCAGGUGAAGAUCUGGUUCCAGAACCGGCGCUACAAGACCAAGCGCCGCCAGAUGGCCGCGGACCUGCUGGCUUCGGCUCCGGCCGCCAAGAAGGUGGCGGUCAAAGUGCUGGUGAGGGACGAUCAGAGACAGUACCACCCGGGCGAGGUGCUGCGGCCGCCCUCCCUGCUCUCCCUGCAGCCCUCCUACUACUACCCCUACUACUGCCUCCCGGGCUGGGCUCUCUCCACCUGCGCGGCCGCGGCGGGCACCCAGUGAAGGCGGGCGCCCCGUGAAGGACGGGCACCCAGAGAAGGGCGGGCGCCCGGUGAAGGACGGGCACCCUGUGAAGGACGGGCGCCCUGCGAACGACGGCCACGGCUCGAGCCGCUGCCCCGCCGCCUCCCCCGGGCCAUCCGAGGGCGAGAGCUCCAGGACACUAUUUAUUACGAUUUCUUGACUUGGGCUACCCCGGCUCUUGGAUCUGAGGUGGCUUUUCGUUAAGGACGGGGGAAGGAAGGGGAUUUGGGGGGCGGGCGGUUUAAAGGCGCGGGGGCGGCCGGGGAACCGUUACUCGCCACGUUGCCCGACUUCCCAGACAUGACACAGCAAGCCGAGAGUUCCGUCCGUUCGGCCAAACGAGUUCAUGGUAUCCAUGCUAGCGAGAUAUUUGUAUAUAUAUAUCUAUCUAUUUUUUUAAUUGGAUUGAGAUGGAGUCAGGGGAAGGGGUUCGAUUCGAUCCCAGAGGAGUCGUGCCGAGGGCAGCGCGGAGGAUGCGUCGGAAGGAUCGCUGCCGGCUGGGUCGUUUUCAUUUGGGUUUGGUGUCUCAGUGCCUGUCCCCGCCCCCCACCUCCUCCGGCGCCCGAGUCUGUGACCCCGCACGGGCCCCGUUCUGCGCCGAAUGUAAGUAAGCCUCGUUUUACGCCCCUUGGGUCGCUGUCCGCGGCCAGCUCCCGGGACCCCACGCGGCCUAGCGAGGCCCGAGCGAACGCAGUCGAUCCACCUUGGGGGAGACUUUCCCGGAGACUCUCGCCUUUCUUUCUUUCUUUUUUUAAAGGGAGUUACGACUCGUAGCACUUUCCAGCUGUAUUAAAAUUAUUAUUGUUGUUAUUAUUUUUGUAUCCAAUGGGAAUAUUUCUAGUCAGUGUUUUGAAACCGUUGUCUACAGAUAGAGAUCUGCAGCCUCUCCAGUGCCUUAAGCCCCUUCCCCUUUUCUCUCCUGGUUCCUCCCCUGCCCCCUCUCCCCCCUCCCCUCCCAAUCCAGAAGAAAACAAGCUAUCUAGCCUGUUGUCCAGCGCUUCCCGAGGCUGUCUUCCAGGUCACCUCUUCGCUUCUCAAAGGCACCAUGCACUCAACCAGAAUAUUAAAAGAAUUGGGAAUAUUUGUAAGCUAUAUCUGCUUUUAUUUUUUAAUUUAUAAACUUUAGUUGAACACACGGUUCCGGA